GAUUCGUUCGUCCUCUCGCGUUGUCUGCAAUUCGCUUUUUACACCCCUUUCUGUGAAUAAUUUUUCUUCAUCAUCUACAUUAAAAAGUUCUCUUUUACGAGAAGUAAAAAAUCUGUUAUGAAAUUUAAAUAUUGUCGACAAUUCAAUACAUAGCUCAGCGGAAAGAAAAUUAGUUCAGACUUUUUUAAAUUCAAAAAGACAAAAUUUGAAUUUCAUUUAAUUUUUAUAUUUCGGAUUUCCAAAAAAUCGAAAUUAGUUAGUGGCUUAUGUAAUUGCCAUAGGAAAAAGUGAAUAAGUCAAAAAAUUAAUGAGAUAUCCUUGAACCUGAAAGAAUGGCUUUUGCUUGGUAGGAACCUUUAUAAGCCUGACGAAGACCUAUCAGAACGCUCAGUGUAAAACUAUCACGUCGACGACGCUAUAGAAAAGUCGUUCAGUGAAAAAAAAAUAAACAAAUCGACAAGUACUUGUUGCAUUGUGAGAUUUGCGAUACAAGUGUAUUCAUUAAGAUAAUUUUGUUCUGCAUUCACAAAAAAAAAAAAAUAAUUAGGGAAUGUUGAUGCCAGUGUAAAGGAACUUUUUCACACAUGAAAUAGACUCAUUUUAUAAUAACAAUACUCUAGUGUUUUUUGAAAAAAAAAUUUAAUUAAACAUCAUGGAAGCGAAAUUAGCAUCGAAAUUAAAAAAUAUCAGCUUAGUCGACAGCGAAAUGUCGAAAACCACUUUUAUAAAAGAUGGACCAAAAAUGAGCCGAUAUACGUUGGCAGACGCUGCCGACGACCUGGAUCAUAGGAUGGAUUAUCAUAUCCAAGGAGUCAGAAAGGAGGAUAGAGAACGAGUUUUGAAUUUUUUGAGAAAAUUUUUCUUCAGAGAUGAACCGCUAAAUUAUACAAUUAAAUUAAUUCCUGAAGGUGAAAAUAGCACUUGCUAUGAACUCGAGGAUUAUAGUUUAUCUGCCAUGAAUGAGGAUUUAAGUCUAAUGGCAGUCUCCAGUAGUGGAACAAUCAUAGGUGUUAUACUAAAUGGUAGUAUGGGUCCUCCUAGCAAUGAAGAGCCAGAUUAUAUAACGAAUUGCAAAAAUCCAAAGUUUAAAAAAAUUCUAAAGUUCCUUCACUACGUAGAUGUUAAAUCGAAUAUACACGACAAAUUUCCAAAUCAAAAAGUCUUUGAAAUCAGGAUAAUUUCGGUUGACAGCAGUUGGAGGGGCAAAGGAAUUGCGAAAGCUCUCAUAGAAAAGUCAAUGGAAAUUUGUAAAAUGCGAAACUAUGAUUUGAUACGAGUUGAUUGCUCUUCAGCGAUAACAGGCAAAUUGUGCCAGAGAUUGGGUUUCGAACCGGUUUAUGAACUUAAAUACGCUGAUUACUUGGACGAAGUUGGUAAUCCUAUCUUUACACCUUUACAUCCUCAUGUAUCAGAAGUGACCUACGUUAAGAAAGUUGAAAAAUAGUGAUAAAGUCUAAAAUUUCAGACAAUUUCGAAAAAUUAUUUAUAGAAGAAAAAAAAGAGACAAAAGACAUAUCAUUGAGCACGAAAAAAAAUGCCUUACGUAAAUAGAAAACAAAUUUUCUCUAUCUAGAAAAAUAUUAAAUUUUUCAAAUUACUUAAUAAAUUCGCAAUGCAUUUAAACGUUAUAAAAUUCAAUUAAAUUAACUAAAGUAAGUAAUUAAUUCCUGAUUACUUAGUUAAAUUAAGAUAUUAUAAAUUUUCGUCCGCAAUUAUACAGUUAGAUAAUUAAUUUGCUUAAUAUUCAAAAUGUGAUUCGUUAGACUUAGUUCCUUCCAAUAAACGAAAAACAAAAAUGUAUUAAUAUUAACAAAAUAGGGAUAUUUUUAUACUAAUAUAAAAAUGCACAAUUAAUCUCGUUCUAGUUGCUAUUUCUUUUUUUGUUGUGCAAAUCGAAUGGAUGAAAAAAUUGUACUGACUUGUAAUGAAGUAAAAUAUUUAUUAAAAAAAAAUUCAUUAACGAAUACAAAAAAA